UCUUACCGCACUUUUUUUUUUUUUGUUGUUUUUACUGACAGUUGGGUUCGAGACCGAAAAAAAGGGGGAGUCGAUGUAGAAAAGAAAAAAAAAUCGGGUGGGCAAAAAAAAACCAAAGGACUGAGAGUGAGGCCCUGAGUGACGCAAACACGCAUGAAAAUAACAAAGAGGGGAAGGAUAUGGUCAAAGGGAAAAAAAAGUGGAAAAACAUCCACGGAAUGCAUAGCGCAGCACUAAUCCAUUCUCGCCGUGUCCUAGGGGCACCAACAGGGCUUUGAUUAUGAACGAGAAGCGACGUCGAAGACGGGAGAGCCACAACGCAGUUGAGCGACGACGACGCGACAACAUCAACGAAAAGAUUCAAGAGCUGUCGACGCUUCUGCCCGAUAUCUAUGUGGACAGCGCUAACAAGCCGAACAAGGGCGUGAUUCUCCGAAAGUCUGUGGAUUAUAUCCGACAUCUACAACAGCUGGUAUCGUCUCAAGCGACCCGUAACCAGGAGCUCGAAGCACAGCUCCAGGCCAAGAAUGGUGGAGCCAGCAGCACUGGGGCCGAGGAUGCGAACAAUGCCAAUGGCUCUGGACCAGGACCACAGCUCCAGCAGGAUUUCGGAAUGAUGAGAAUCGUCUCUGGGGGCAGCAACGGCGGACAAAACUAGGCCGAUUAUUUUCAACACGUUACAUGGACGAGAAGCGAGAGACGAGAGGGAGAGAGGGAUGUAGACAUGGAUGCAGGAUGCAGAUGGGCUGCAUGAAGGAGGGAGUAGUGCGGGCGAUCGAGGCUGCAGCGCGAACGAGCGAGUGUAUAUAUGAACCGAAGCGAAGAGCGAGCGGAGGAAGAGGAUGUGCAGCUCUUUUAUUUUCUUUUUUCUUUUUUCUUUUUACCCAGUCCCCUCAAAUGGAGGCGCUAAGUGCAGUACACCAUCGACUUGAACCGCCAGGACGACCGGCGCGACGGUAGGAAGUUGGGCGCAAUGGCCUUCUCUUGGACAGGAGAACACGCCGAUCAUACCCCCGACAGCGACUAUUAUGUCGACAGCACUUUUUACAGUACAGGGUUCCAUGGAUCGGAAGCUGGUUAACUCAGGA